AAACGUCAUAGAAUAGCGGGACAACAGGACGGCCGCAAGCCAAACUAAAAUCAGCUCCGCCUUGUCCGGUUUGGGGAGUUUUCCUGUGAUCAUGAUCUUGAUAAUAUGAUCUAUGCUUAUUAUCUUAUUGGAUCUACAAAGGAAUUAUUAUUUCAAGGAGUCAACUUGGUAUUUUAACAAAGACAAAAUGGAGACAUUCGCAGGGAAAUCGACUUUCAUGUUCCUUGUCUUCGUAAUUUGUCUGCAUACAACUUUCAUAAGAGCUGAAGACUCGACCAUCCUGACCGUGACUUUGCCGGGCGAUUUCACUACUGAUCUCUCAUCGCCAAGUAAUGCUGUGGACGGAGGAUGGAGUGACUGGGGCGAUUGGCAUUCCUGUACCCAAUCCUGUGAAGGGGGGUUGACUGUUCGAUUCAGGAGGUGCAACAACCCCACCCCUUCCAAUGGCGGCGCCAAUUGCACUGGAUUCUCGAUGGAGCAAGGAGCGUGCAAUACCGACCCGUGUCCCGUUGAUGGAGCCUGGAGCUCCUAUUCGGACUGGGGUGAUUGCUCCGUGACGUGUGGAGGCGGGAACCAAACAAGAACCAGGACCUGCUCAGAUCCAGCACCAGCCUAUGGUGGAGCAAACUGCACCGGGGAGGAUAUCGAGGUCCGAGUCUGCGGCGAGGGCAUCUGUCCAACGCACGGUGGAUGGAGCGACUGGGGAUCUUAUUCACUUUGUAACACGGAUUGUCAGAAGACUCGCUAUCGAACCUGUACGAAUCCAGCCCCCAAGGAUGGAGGCAUGGAUUGUGCAGGAAGUGAGGUUGAUGUUUCCUACUGCAGUGUGCUUGAUUGCCCAGUUAACGGAGAAUGGAGCGAGUGGAGUGUUAGUUCAUGCGAUGAAACGUGCAGAGGAAGAAAGCGACGAACGUGUAGUAACCCGCCACCGCUGAGAGGCGGGGCAGACUGCGUGGGACCGUCACAGGAAGAGUACGGAGCGUGCACCGGAUUUAAAUGCGUCCAAAAUGGGGCGUGGUCGGACUGGUCACCGUGGUCGGACUGCAGCAAGACCUGCGACCGAGGCGGUGUAUCGCACCGACGUCGACACUGCAACAACCCUCAUCCACGGAAUGGAGGUAAAGACUGCCCAGCCUCCGAUCCCGACUACGAGGAGAAGAAAUGCUUCUCGCAUCCAUGUCCGGUUCCUCCGGAUUUCGUGAGGCAUGUCAAGCACAAGACUUACAACAUCAACUGGGCUCUUAUCCUCUCGAUUCUGUUUGGUAUACUCGGUGUUUUAACCAUAUCUCUCAUCAUCGGGCUAUGUUUACGGCAGAGACAGCUCAAGAUUAAGAGACAACAGAUGCUCGAAGAACGUGAGAAGGAUAAGCUGUAUAAAGAAGCCGCAGAAAUGAGUAUCAUUCCGGAUGGGAAGAAAAGCGCGGCAGAGAAACUUCGCCGUCAGAAGCUGAAAGCGAAGCUGAAGAAGAAUGGAAAGUUGGAUGAGACCGAGGGCCUUCUUGAUGACGAGGAAGACUUUGGAUUGUUGGAUGACUACUGGAAGUCAGAUAGCUCUAGUUUGGCUGGAAGCUUAUCUCGCUCCGGAAGUCUCCGCUCCCGUUCUGGCAGCAUGCGUUCCAAGUCUGGCUCAACUGUAGACCUUAGACCUGGUACUGCAACUGAUAGACCUGGAACAUCGUUGGAAAGACCUGGAUCAUCCGCAGAAAGGCCUGGAUCUGCCUUAGAGGCUGGACCAGACUCGGGUCCUCGUGGCCCAUCGUGGAAUCCAGAUGCGACAUCCUGGGAGGCCCAAGAGGACACACUCAUAAAGAUGGACGAUGAAGAAACGAGCCAGGCCUUGCCUGAUGGUGAGAAGAAGAGGAAGAUGAGGAGGAGAAGAAGGCGGAGACCUGGUAACGUUCACCGUGUAUCCGCGGUCAUCGAGCAGCAUGCCGAACCAUUCGACCUCGCCCAAGACGCAACCGAUGAGAACCGGGUCGCGACACCGGAUAUGAUGCAGCACCUUAUGCAGUUGGACGCUCAAUUGAAGGAGAUGGCUGGCCAUCAGGUAUCGCAGACGACCGGAGGAGUGACGGGAGGAAUCGUACCGCAAUUCGCUGGUCUGACUGAUAUCCUGGGGGCUCCACUUACAGAUGUCAUGCAAGGCAAUACCAUCACAUCACCAGCAGGAAACAAGAAACAAGAGACACCUUCGAGCAAUGUCGGGAUGAACCUCAGGCAAGCCAUGAACGGAAAGACCGCCAACGAACCCAGCGCACCGAUCGCUGCUCCUCCAAACAGAGGAGCCCCACUCCAGGCGACACCGGACAAGGGUGUGGGAGCAGCGAAUAAACCACAGGCAGCUGCUGGUAUGAACCUUCAGCAAGCAAUGGGCGGGAAAGGAGCCCAGCAGAACGCCCCUUCAAGCCAACAGCAUCAAAGCUUGGGCGGCAAAGGAGCCCAACAACCAAAUCCUGGCGGGAUGACAAUGCAACAGGCCACUGGUGGGAAGGUUGCUUCAAAACCAAACAAUGAACAGUCCACUGGAGGGAUAACACUACACGAUGCUUUCAAUGGAAAAUCAUCUGGCAAACAACAAGCUGCACAACAAGGCCAACAAUCUACUAGACAACAACAACAACGUCAGCCACAACAGCAGCAACAACAACGCGGUGGUAUGACCAUGGAACAGGCAACAGGCGGGAAAACCGCCGCUCGACCGCGGUCUUCUUCACGCGACAGCCUCACCGUACAACAGGCAGCUGGCGGUAAUACCGCAGUUCGCCCGCGGUCCUCUCCACAAGGAAGCGUUACGAUCGAAAAGGAGACUGGCGUGAAUGGAGCGGUUUUACCGCGCACGCCGCAACGUGGCGGUAUGACGAUGCAACAGGCUACGGGCGGAAAAUCGAUCUCUCCGCGUGGUGGAGCUGGUUUUACGUCUUCAAUACAGCCUCCACCGGUGAAGGCAGGAUGGACCACCGGAGGUAGUAUCACACUACAACAGGCGAUGGGACCAAAGAUAGCGCCCCCUACGGGUGUCAGCAAGAGCAGGAGCUAUGACAGUAUCAUCCGUGAAGCCAUGGGCGCCAAUAACGCGGCGAAGAAACCUAGGCGCGCUUCUCUCAAUGUGAUUGGCUUGACGAGAGAGAGGAGUGAUCUGAACCAAUUCAACAAGCAUUACGGUGAGCUUCCUAAAGACGAUAUCGAGCUCGAGCAGGAGAUUGCCGAGGGGGCUUAUGGCUCCAUCCACCGGGCUAGUGUCUGGUUGCCCGAUCAGAAGGAAGAUGAAGAACCAACGUCCGUCUUGAUUAAAGUUCUCAAUCGCAACGUUUCAUCGACAUCCAAAGCUGCUUACAUCAAGGAGAUUGAGACGAUGAAGAAACUCAAAUCUCAUCCAAAUGUUAUUGCUUUCGUCGGCUGCUGCACCAAAUCAGAUCCAUUCUUUAUGAUCUUGGAGUACGCAUCGAAGGGCCCACUUCAGACAUUCCUUCGUCGUAAUCGGCCAGGAACCCCCGGCGCAAAGCCCCCACCAGCUGAAAUAUUCCUUCGUUUUGCCAUUCACACUGCAAAGGGAAUGACCUUCCUACAGACUCAUAAGGUUGCACACGGAGAACUAACCAGUCGCAAUAUCCUCCUAAACGACUAUCUGAGGGCAAAGGUUUCCAACACUCACAGAAUCAGAGAUCCUACUGAUGUAGUAAACCAGGGUCGCAUGGGGGUACGAUGGAUGAGCCCAGAGGUGCUAGCAGGUGGGUCUUACACCCCUGAGAAUGAUGUCUGGUCAUUUGGUAUACUGCUAUGGGAGCUGGUUUGUUUCGGUGCAACACCUUACCCUGGCAUGUCGUCACGUGACGUCAAAACACGUAUCCCAUCAGGCCUCCGUCUUGAACAACCACCACACUGCCCAGAUGAAUCAUAUGAGAUAAUGAAAAGUUGUUGGCAGACUGAUCCUAACCAGAGACCAUCCUUCCGAAUUCUCGUUCAUGAGCUUGAGAAACUAGGACCGCAGGAAUUUAUUGACGUCAGUCGAUUCGUCCCUACCAGAUAUGAAUACAUGUAAACCAGUACUACAAUUUCAAGCACUGUGGAUUUCUUGGAUUAUUCAGUUCAACCCUAAAAUCGAGAAAGAGAGAAAAGGUCACCCGACGAAUGAAAAAAAAAAAAAGAAGCAGAUAAUCUUGUAAUGAAGGAACAUAAUUGCCAAAGUUUGUAUGGAAACAUUGCAUCUAAUAUAAAGCAGUUUCAGAUCAAUACGUUUUUUUUUCCUUUUACCAUCAAACUACUUGUAAAAUGGAGACGGUGAUGAUAAUAAUAAAAACAAUAUCCAUCGCUUGGCAUGAUAAUAAGUUUUUAUAACGAGUCAUACAGUCAUGUAGGCCUACAUGUACAAUGUUAUUUGCAUAAGAAACAUGUUGUCAUAUGCCUACAUUGACGUGUCGAUCCGUUGGAUUCUAAAUGAUACCUUUCUGAGGGUAUAUGUAUGUGUAAUAUUAAUUCAUUUUUAAAGUAUAUUUUAAAAAAAUCUCCUACAGUCACAUUCCAUUUGUUGAAAGUCAAGGCUCGGUUGGUUUAUUAAGAUGCGUUUGUUCGCUAUACCCUUCAUCAACACCCCCUGAACUGUGCUUUGUAGAAGCAAAUAUAACGUCUUAAACAACAGUUGAAUAAAUAAAUGAGUUUGGGUUUGAUUCCUGAGAUUUGUUAGUAAGUUGACUUAAGCGCGUCAUUGUUAUUAAUUAUGUAAUAUUCAUAUUCUGUAUAAUAGAAACAGAUCAUUGUUUAAAAUUCAAUAUUGCAAAGGCGACCGGGUCUGACCCCAAAAUAGUCAAUUAUGACGACACUCUGACCAUUUCGUGUGAAAAUAAUUACCAAGAAUGAAGUCAAAUGCUAUCCUAAAAGGGUCAAAAUGACCUGGAAGAAGGUAACAUGUGACCUACGUUUCGGGUCGCUUUUGACUCGGAACGGAAGGAUGUAUAUAGCUCCACGCACCGAUGACCCGGAACUUUUGUAUUUUCAUACCAUCUUGAGAUUACGGCAUCCCUUUAGCUUGAACAACCAACAUGACCAAGCAGUGCAUAGUUUUUUAGCCAUCUUCAAAAUUGGCCUAUGUACCGUCAUUUUUAACCACCGCCUCUCUUGAUCAAUAUUUGACUUUAACAUCAAUAAAUCAUACGAUUGUUCUUUUUAGUAGACUAUUUAUGAAUAUAAGGAAAAUCUGAAUUGCCAAUUUGUAUUGUAUUUAUGAAAUAUUGUAUGAUAUUUAUAUAUGUAUAUUGGUACAAGUCUAUCUUAACUAUACGAGUAUAUGGGUUUUAUAAAUUUUAUUAUGUGAUUUUAUGACGACGGUUUUAUGAAGACUGGACAGAUUUAUGGUCAUACCUAUUGGUAUUUUGUGUACUUUAAGUAUGUAAAUUUGUACUAUAAUUAUGUAUUUAUAUCUAAAUAUAUUAUGUUGCGUCUUUAUGUAUAGAUAUAUAAUGUUUUGUAGGGUUUCGACUUCCUAUACUUGCAAAUUAUAUGUAGGGAUAAAAAAAAUAUGGCGUUCAACGUAGUAUUAAACAUUGUAUUCUUAGUCAUGAC